AUGCGGAAGCUCGGUCGAGGACAGAGUGUCGUUUUUGCGGGUACCGGAGAAAUCAGUCGAGGCCUGGAACAAAUCAAGACCCAAGCUGGAGCUAACCCGUCCGAUUCCAUCAACCUUAACGAGCCAGAUCGUGCUGGACUUAAGGCGAAAUUUCAAAUGCAAAUAAAGUAUAACAAACUAGAAAGGCCGCGCGACAUCAGCAUCGAUGCUCUUGUUAAAAGAAUCCCCCAGAUAGGCAACCAUGUAGAGUAUCGCUCUCCGUGUAAUAAAAUCAAAGUACUUACUAAUAGACGACAAUCGCGAGGAUCAUUGCACAGUUUCGAUUUACAAGAUGCGCGGCGUGCGCAUACCACGCCCGACGCUUUUUUUCUUGAGCAGGGAACGCUGACAAA